CGAAAUCAUUGUUAUGAUCUUAUUCUCUAUUAUGGUGUGCGUAAGAUAUGUAUGUUUCACUUUCGUAUUUAUAAUUAUUCUAUUCAAAUUUGAAAAGUUCUUACAAUAUGGUAUACCGCCUUGAAUUCACCUGGUCUAAUUCUAUUUCUUUUCUUCUAGUUCUAGUCCUAGUCCUAUUACCCCUGGCCCUAGUAGUAGUAGUGAAAGUCCUAGUGCCUAGUACUCCUACUCCUAGCCUAGGCCUAGUCAUCUCAAUAUUUAAAUUAAUAAUAUUAUUCAUAAAAGUGAACGUUUGUGGCUUUGUUACAUGGAUUGAUGGAUCUUGACCAAACUUGGCAUAUAUAUGUCCAUCGGUAUCCAGAAGGAACUCCUAAGGCUUAAGACUUAAAGGGGUUAUGAACUUUUCAUAACAUUCCCGCGGGGCGGGGCGGGUCGGGGGAGGGGGGCAAAAUGUCGUUUUUUCCUAUAUGAGCUAUAUAAAUAAAAUUACUAAAAAAUACUCCUACAUGAAUGGAUGGAUCUUGACCAAACUUAGUAGAACUACAAAUACACUUUAUUAUCCAUAUUCAAAUACUGGAGGGUACUGAACUCAUUAUAUCCACUCCUCUGGGGCCCCAUUUCAUUUUUCCUUAUAUAAGCUAUAUAAAUAUAAUUAUGCUUAGACAACACAAUAGUUUCUAUGUGAGUUGAUGGAUAUAGGCCUAGUUUUAUAGCAAUACACUUCACUGUCCGUAUUGAAAUAUCUGUGGAUUUAAAACGAUUUAAUAUCCAAUGCAUUCAGGGCCGAUCUAAAAUUUUAUAGAAAGUUCCAUUAUUUAAAAAAAGCUACAACUAUGGUAUUUUUAAACCGAUUUUAAUGAGACAAAUUUUAAAUUUCAACUCUAUAAUUUAUCUGAAUGAUUUUUAUAGGGCCCCCACCCCAUCUCAGACAUAACUUAACUGGUACUUUAUUAAAAGGGCCUCCACCCGGGCCCCCAUUUCAUUUUAAAUGUAGGCCUACUAUAGUUAUAGUAGUCCAAUUAAGAUAAAUAAUGGGCUGGUCCACUGUUCCAGUAUAAAACAGAAACUCGUCCCUCUCCCCCAUAGACAGCGACUAGGCCAUGACAGGCAAUUCAGGCUCAUACCAGCAAGAAACCAGUAUAGGAGCUGCUCAUUCCUGCCCAAGACAAUCAGGGAGUGGAACAAGCUUUCAAAAGGAACAGUUGAGGUGACAACGCUAGACUCAUUUGUGUCUAUUGUCUCAAGCCUUCAAACCCCCAGUGGAUGAUUCCCUCACAAAGUGGCACUGGAAAUCAUUGAAAUGUCCUCAUCAACACCAGGCAGAGAAACAUUGCAAAUCCCCUCUAUGUGCAUAGGAGCCAAAAUGAUCAAUAAAUUGAUUGUGGGCCCUUAAUAUUUAGAAGAAGAAGAGUUAUAUAAUAUUUCGCAUUUGAGAAAAAAUUAUGUAGUAGAAAAUUAAUUUUUUACCCGUUUCAUGGAGGAUAUUAAUUUUAAUCUAGAAUGUUCCAGAAGGUUCUAUAUUGUUCUACGGGGAUAUAUAAUGAGAUCUAAAAUCUUAUUUGAACAAAAUCGCACAACAAUUCAAAAUUGAUUUUUAUGUUUCUAUGUCAAAUUAAUCAAGUACGGCAGUACGGCCAGUACGGUACAACUCAAAGUGUGGGAAAAAAAAGUUAAAUUUUACCCUCCCGUAGCCUAUCCUAUUAUUUUCUAUACCUAUACUAUCCUGUCUUAAGACUCAGGAUACUGUGACUCGUAGUUACAGAGUCAUAGUGUAAUUUGUAUAAUUUGAAAUGAGUGUUAAAUAUCAGGUAAGUCUAUAAUAUAGGGCAUCACUCCCUCCCCCCCCCCCCCCCCCGGCCAAAAAAAACAUCCAGACCUGAUUAGUGUGGGAAGGGGGAGUGGUGAUAAGCUGUGUUCAAGCCCAAAUUAGUAUCAGUGGUUACACAGUUUUUGCUAUUAUGUGAUGGCAGGAGCUUGGAAAAAGCUUCACUAUCUAUUUCUUUCUCAGUUCCUGGCUUGUCACAAAGAAUUACUCUAAACCAAUCACCGUUUCAAUAUACCUACAAGUUAUUAUAUAAUUUAUAAUUAUUGCCAUUUUUAUGAAGAAGGUUAUCAAAGGGGCCAUCAAUAAAUGAUAUGAUGCUAUUUUGGUAGAUUUUGAAACUCCCUCCUCCAUUGUCACAAAUUGAUCCAAUUUUUACAUUUGGUUUAGAGACACAACUAUAAUACAUUGUCAUGAAUUUGUGACACCCCCCCCCCCCCCAACCUCUUAUGUGCCACAGCAUUUAUGUAUGGCCCCUUCUUACAUUAGAUGAUUGGAACUAUAUUAAAUAAUUAAUAAUUUAGUGGGAAUCAGCCCUUUGAAUAAUAAUGAUAUUUUUAGAUUCAACAUGUUUAUGUUCACAAUCAUUCAAAUUUGCAGUUUUUUAGUGUUUAAUAAAGUGCUUUUUUCAUUAACACAAUUAGUUACCAUUAAAGAUUAAAAAUUCUUUCAUUUGAAUGAAAUUAUUUGGUAAACAUUUUUCAUAAAAUUAUGCUGAUGGUUUUCUUGUUUUGAGUCUUACAUUAUAAGUAUACACUUUUGAAUUUUACAUUUAGUAAUGAAUUAAUAUUUGUGUCAUGCCCAUUAUUUGUCACUAUAAUCACUGAAGGAGUUGAAUCUGACAUCGUCCAUUAUGUGACAUGUUUGCUUGUGCCUAAAAUAAACUAGGCAUUCAUUCAGUCCCUUGCAGUUGUUUAAAUAAAGAUUUGCAAGCUCAUCCUCUAUUCUUAUGCAAACCUUUAUAUACAGUAAGUGUCCUUACUCCUGGAUCGGGAAAUACACUUUGGCUGUUUGUCCCGUCAGCAGUCCAGUUUUAUUGAACAAGCUUAACACAAUUCUGCAGGUAAAUUAACUUAGGUAAUCAGCCAACCUUUUGAAAAUCCAAUGAGCUUUUUAAGAACUUUAUUAUAAUUAAUAGGCCUAAUAUAUAGCCUUUAUUGAAAUUAUGUGUUUCAAACACCCAGUUGGUAUAUAUAAUAACUGACAAAAAAAAAGUUACCUAUGAACUCAUAAUAAAAAAUAAUGGCUGUCUAUUGGCUAAAAUUUCAAAUCAUUAUUUGUAUCUUUUAUCUGCCACCAAAUUUUGAUAUUUUGAAAGCAUUUGAGAUUUAAGUUGAGAAUCCUUGUGGUUUACAAUUAAAACAUUGAUAUUUACUUAUUAAAUUUGUCUUUGAUUUUAAAUUUGUGUCUUUGUUUUAGACCAUGGCAAGACCAGUCUCAGAUAUGAGUAAAUUUAGAGAGGUCUUCAGCAAGGCUAACCAUAUUGUUGUCUUGACUGGAGCUGGAGUUAGUGCUGAGAGUGGUGUGCCAACUUUCAGAGGUGCUGGGGGAUUCUGGAGGAAAUGGCAGGCUCAGGUACGAUAUAUUAGUCUACACCAGCGGUUCUCAACCUGUGGGUCGUGAUCCCUUUGGGGGUCGCACGACUCUUUCACAGGGGUCGCGUAAGACCACCUGAAGACACAUAUACUCCACAGUUAUAAAGUAUUUAACGAAAAUAAUUUUGUGAUUGGGGGUCGCCACAACAUGAGGAAAUGUAUUAAAGGGUCGCGGCAUUAAAAAGGUUGAGAACCACUGGUCUACACUAUACAUUUUUAAAAGUGAUUAUAUAAAAAAUAUGUAACAUUUCAAUUAAGAGUUUUAAAAAUAAAUACCGGUAAUAAAUAUUUUUAAAAAUUGAGGGCAAAGUGUUCUCCUCCUUAUAUUUUAACUGGAAGUUUUUAGUAUCAAAAUAAAAAAAAUACUAUUAUUAAAAAGUAUGCCUUAUAACAGAGGAAUGAAGAGGGUGCACCACCCAGAUGAAAUACGGCUCCAAGCAUGGAAAAGAAAAGCAUCAGUUAGGUCUAAGUGGAAGGAUGUGAUGAGGCAGGCCAAAGCCCUACAUGGGCUGUACUACCCACAAGAUGGAUGAAUGCCUUCAUGAAUUUAAAUCCAGAAAAGUCACAAUUUAUACUUAGUAUGUUGUAUUCUUCUUUUUGGCUGCAAUCUCACCUACAUGGCCUAUGAAUAUUGAAGAAGUCAAUUAUUAUCUUUAUUAUUUUACAAGUAAAAUCAUCCUCAGGAUCUUGCAACUCCAGAAGCAUUUCGAUCCAAUCCAUCUUUGGUUUGGGAGUUUUAUCACUACAGAAGAGAAGUUAUGGCAAGCAAAAGUCCUAACCCUGUAAGUUUUAAUAAAAAUAAAUUAAAAUCAGUUUCUAGCUUAAGUGAUGAUAUUUAUUUAAUCUUAUAGUGUUCUAGUUUUGUUCACAUCUAGUAUGUAUUUUUAACAAUGGGAAUUAUUAAAAUCUACUGAUGCGCCCUUUUGAUGUAAACAACUGCCUGUUAAUUAAAUUUCCUAAUAAAGAAAUUAGCAGUGAUGUUAGAAGGGAAGGCAGAGGGGGCGGCACUUUUUAAAAAUUUACAUUGAAGGGGGGAUUUUGGCCAAGAGCAGAGUUUUUUUGUGGAAGUGGGUAGGUAAAUCUUGGCCCUGUUUAUCCAAAUUAUUAAAGGGGUCAAAGUGAUGGAGUCAAUGUAUUUGUUUAAUCAACGGAAUAGAUUUCUCAAUAAAUAUUGGCACCAUGUUUAAGACAGAAUUAGUUUUUUAUUGCAACAACAGACUUAUGUUUGCUAAUAAGAAAACUUACUUAAUUAAUGAUAUCAACACUGAUUACUUAAUUUUUACAAGUUUUUAUUCUUGCUACUUUUAUAUUUGUUCCUUGUUUAUUUGUGUUGCCCCUCAAUUUUAUUAGUGUUCACUUUCAUUAAAUAAUAAUGAUUAGAACUUAAAGAUCAAAAGAAUUUCAUUUAACAUACAAAAAAAAUGUGUGUUCCCAGGCACACAUUGCCAUUGCCCAGUGUGAAAAGAGACUAAAGGAGCAGGGGAGAAAAGUGGUGGUCAUCACACAAAACAUUGAUGAGCUGCACAAAGCUGCUGGGUCAGAGGAUAUUUUAGAACUUCAUGGUUAGUUUACCUAAAGCCCAUAAGAUUAGUCUACCCUUAGGCACACUAAGUCAAUAUCUCUUCAAUAUUUAUUUAGUGCUCAGCCAAAAAAACAAAACAAAAAAAACUGGGUUACUGAGUCAGCCUACAUGUGUUGAAUGGCAAUGGCAAAGUUUGAACUGCAGUAAUGCUUAAAUAUGUCUUUCAAAUACAAAAAUUAAGGACUGAAAACCUGCCAAAUAAAUCUAUUUAGCAAAAAAUAAAAAUACAUUAAAAAAAUAAAAAAGGAAUCGUCAAAUACUAGGGCAAUGUGGUCUGAAUAAAAAGCUCUCUUGAUCUAUUCUGAAUAAAUGUUAAAGAAUAAAUUGGGCAAAAUGUUAGUCAUACAACAAGUUUGAAGUGUAAAUUAGAAAGCUUUGUUGAGACACAAACACUUAAAAUUAAAAUAAUUAAUAUUUGUUUAAUCAACUGUUGAGUGCACUUAGAUUUUUUUAUCCCCAGGAAACUUAUUCACAACUCGUUGCACAAAAUGUGGUGAUGUACGAAAAAACAAAGACAGUCCAAUAUGUCCAGCAUUAGCUGGAAAAGGGUAGGUUGAUUUUGCAGGCUAACAUUUUAAACAUUUAUUCCCUAUGUUGCCUGCAUUAAUAGCCUAAACAUCUGGAGUUGAUUUUUUAUAUAUUUAAAAAAAAACAAUUAAAAAAAAAAAACAAUUAGGAAAUGUAUAAUUCAAAAGAAUUUUGAUAGCCUGUUCAUCAUCAUGUCCCUUAGUCCUUGGACCGUUGGGGCGCCACAGAUGACAUUUGAACUAUCCUCCUCCAUUCGUCUCUGUCUUCUGCACUACGCACAGCAUCGCCCAGUGUUAGUCCUGUCCACUCUUUGAUGUUAUCCUCCCAUCUUUUUCUUUGUCUUCCUCUUCUUCUCCCUCCUCUUGUGGUGCCGUGCAAUAUUUCCUUGGCAAGCCCUUGUUUCCUUGUUACGUGGUCGUACCAUUGUAGUUUGCAUUUUUUCACAGUCACCAGUAGGUCAUCGUACUCCCCAAUUGCCUGGCGAACCCUUUCUUUCACUGUAUAAUUGGAGAUAUGGUCCUUAUAGCAAUGCCAAAAAUGCUUCUGAAGCAUCUCAUCUCCAUCGCCUUUUCCUUUCAAGAUCAGCUGUUAAUGUCCAGGAUUUGCAGGCAUACAGGAAAAUGGAGAGGACUAAUGAGUGCAUCAGCUGGGGGCUAUAUUUUUGUCAUUCCAUAUUUUCUUGAGCCUCUUUAGUCCUGUUGUAGCCUGUUAAAAAGGUACAAAGCAGGGUUACCCAACCUGUGGUGUAAGGAAAGGUGAUUAAGAAAAGAAUAGCCAUUGUUUUUUUAAGUUAUGAUAUAAAUAUUUAUAAAUUUAUGUACCAGUGUUUAAAAGAAAAAUUUCCAUGAACAUUUUUCUUUAUGAAAUAAUUUACAACUUUAUUUUCUAUGUUCAUUAGUAUUUCAGUUAUUCAACAAACAAAUUAAUAGUCCAUUUUCCAUUUUCAAAAUGUCUCGUGCAUAAAUAGAGGAAAGUCCACCAGAUAUGGUGGGUACAGGGUAAAUAAAAUACCCGGGAUGGACCAAAAUCAGAACCUACUGCCUUGUAGGAGGCGGGGAAUCCACAGAGGCUAGGGAACCUUACCCAAAUAUUAAUGCAGCUGUAAGGGGCAGCCCCGACAGUUGUGCACAGGGCUAACAACUCGGCCAUGUAAAUAAAUAAAUGUUAUUAAAGCCAAACAACAAUAUAAAACGUGAACUGAUUCUAAUUGAAAUCGACCUAUGCCUGAAUUUGGACAUGAUUUUUGGAUUGUGACUUGGAACUUGGGUGUUUAGAGUAGGAGCCUUAGCCAACCUAAUAGAUCAACUACUUAAUUAUAAAAUCUCUAUUGCUGCAAUGGAAGAAAUUCGGAGGAAAAAUGCAGACAUUCUCAAGACAAAAGACUACACCAUAUUUUAUAGUGGAAGCAACACUAACACUCUUGGAACAGGAUUUGCUGUGAAAGAAAGAAGCUGUUCAUGCAGUAAUUAUUUUUAAGACCAGAGGAUGGAAGAUUGUACUCUUUGCGUGUGCAAGGAAAAAUGUUUAAUAUAACAUUUAUAAAUGUUCAUGCCCCCUUCAAGAUAUAGGUCAGAUAAAAGAAUCCUUAUAUGAGACACUGGAAAAGAUCUACGAAGAGACACCAUAACAUGAUAUUGAAAUAGUGAUUGGAAACUUUAAUUCCAAAAUAGUGAAGAAAAGGUAUUCAUGCCAACUAUUGGCAAGGAAUGUCUGCAUGAAGAAUCCAAUGACAAUGGGAUCCAACUCAUAGACUUUGCUUCAGGUUAAGGGAUGCCAGUUAGGAGCACCAAUUUUCCACACAAAAAUAUACAUAAAAUUACUUGGAACUCACCGGAUGGAAUCACUUACAACCUAAUUGGCCAUGUUCUAAUCUAUUGGAUACACGGAUCAGACAUGCUAGAUGCAAGAAGCUUAGAUGCAAGAAGCUAUCGAGGAGCAGAUGCAGACUCUGACUAUCUACUUGUAAGGGUUAAAUAUGGGCAGAGAAUAAGCAUAAUUUACAAUGGUUGAAAUCAAAGAGAAAAGCGAUAUGAUUACCAAAAACUUACCAAAGACCCACUAACCACUAAAACUUACCAGAAUGAAGUAGAAGGACAACUAGAAGCAGAACAGGAGGAAAUUAACAGGGAAAAAAACAUAAAUAAACAGUGGGAUAGGAUAAAAAAUGGUAUGAAAAGAUCAGCAGAAAAUGUAGUAGGAUUUCAGCAAACUAGCAUUAGAGUAGGUUGGUUUGAUAAUGAAUGCAGAGAGACCGUGGAAGAAAAGAAAAAAGCACGCAUGACCAUGAUAUAAAUUGAAACUAGAAAAACAAGACAAAUAUACAAUGAAGCUAGAAGGAAAGCCACAAAAAUGUGUAGGAAGAAAAAAGGGGAUGGUAAAAAGCUAACCUAAAAGAAAUAGAAGACUUAUCAAGAGAAGGAAAUCUCAGAAGUAUGUACAUGAAGAAAAUAGACAAAAGGAAUGGAUACCAAGCCUGACUUCAAAUGUGUGAGAGCCAUGAUGGAGAAAUCAUUACAGCAAAUAGUUAAGUACUGGAGAGGUGGGCUGAAUAUUUUUAGGGCAUGCCAAAUGCAGACAAUAGACAAAAAUGAAGAUUACCAACCACCAAAUGGAGGACAAGACCCUGUAAUAAACUUCCCAACUUUAGAACAAACUACAGAAGUGAUCAGUUCCAGGAAAAACCAGAAAACCCCUGGGGAAGACUUCCUCACAGCAGAACUUAGUAAAUAUAGAGGAAGAGAACUACACACUCAGACACAUACAUUUAUAACUAAAAUGUAUUUUUAAUUUUAUAGACUAAGUUAAAUGAGUUGGAGGGGAUACAAGAUUAGCUCAACAAUUCAAAGAGUGUACAGCAAGGUUUGGGAAACCCUUUUAAUAUGGGUAAGAUUAAGCUUUUUUAAAAAAGGCUUCUCAUUCUCAAAUCUGCAUUUUUAAGCUGAGUGCAACCAAGAUUUUUUUUUUGGGUUUGAAGGCAAAAACUAGAUUGAGGUUUCCCCAGCUGCUUUUUGGUGAGAGUAAGACUUCAACUACAGGUACAUUGAAAAGCACACACAAAUUUUAUAUUGAAAGCACUCUCUAAUUAAUGAUCCUCUUCAGUUAUAAUGGAAAAUGCUAUGAAUAAUGUAUAAGUUACUGACUUGAAUUUCAUAAACUUACACUAUUCUUAUGUUUUUUUUUGCCAGGAUGAUGUUUUUAUCCAGGAAGCAACUGAAAUACCCUAUCAUUGGUGUUAAAGAAUAUGGAGUAAAAUUUUUAUGAAGUUUAAAUGGUUUCCUCUUUCCUGCAGUGAACCCAAUCCAGAUGUCCAAGAGGCCAAAAUUCCAGUGGAUCAGCUUCCUACUUGUAAACAGGGAAGUUGCAGAGGUCUGCUAAGGCCACACGUUGUUUGGUUUGGAGAAGGCCUCGACCCUGAAGUUCUCAGUCGAGCUCAUCAUGAGUUGUCCCUUUGUGACCUAUGCCUUGUAGUAUGUUUUUUGUAUUUAAUUUCACAUGCACAUAGAUAAAAUGUGUUUAAAUAUGUCUACACUUUUUUGGCAAAAUUUUUUUUCUCCAUCUUUUGUGCUUUAAUUGUACAGGGCAUCAAAGAGAUUCAUCUUUUCCUCAAUUGUUAAUUGAACCUACAAUUAUGUACUAUAGCAAAAACAUAAUAAAAUAUUUAUAACACUGUAAUUAACAGGUUGGGACAUCAUCUGUAGUUUACCCUGCUGCUAUGUUUGCUCCUCAAGUUGCUGCCAGGGGUGUGCCAGUUGCAGAAUUCAACAUUGAAGAAACACCAGCUACAAACUCAUUUGGGUGAGAUCAUAUUUUAUCACUAUUGUAAAAGUUACAAGUUUUUAUUAAAACGCACUAAAAUAUAAAAUAUCAUUUAACUAUAUGCCCAUGAAAAGUUUUAGGUGACCUUAGAGAAGUAGGUCACAUGUCCUUCUAAGGUAGAAAAUAAUAAAAUACAUUUUUAAAAAAUAUUUGAGCAUUUAAUCACAAUACAAAUGAUGCUUUUAACUUUAUUCAUUUCCAUAAUAAAUUUAAUACCAUUAUCUGCGGAAACUGUAUCUUUUAAGAGUAGGAUUAUUGUUGGGGGGACAAUCUACCACCUUCACUGCUCAAUUCUUUUUUAUUGCAAUGGAUGGGAUUUUGUGGUGGUACCAGUUUUAAAUUUCUGGUUCAUAGUUACUGAGCUUCAUAGUUACUGAGCAAAACUCUUAAAGUAAAAUAACUGCAUUCAUUUAGAGUGCAUUGAGACAUUUUAUUGGUUAGCAGGAAGUUGAACCGCCUACCACUGAGGCAAAAUUGGAAAUGCAACAAAGAACUUCUCAAUUACCUUCCAAAAUACAGAAUAACAAUAGAACAUUUUCUUUCAUGGCCAAACUCUUGGUACCUUCUAUUAUUUAUUUCCUGUAUAUAUAUAUAUAUAUAUAUAUAUAUAUAUAUAUAUAUAUAUAUAUAUAUAUAUAUUUAUAUAUACAAAUAUAU